AUGGGUUUUGCAAGAAAAGAGUACGAGUUUUUGAGUGAAAUCGGGCUGAGCUCUCGCAAUUUGGGGUGUUAUGUAGGUGGCACGUGGAAAGCAAAUGGCCCUGUGGUCACCAGUGUGAACCCUGCAAACAACCAGGCUGUAGCUGAAGUCGUGGAGGGUUCUGCUGAAGAUUAUGAGGAAGGCAUGCGAGCUUGCAGUGAAGCUGCUAAGAUAUGGAUGCAGGUUCCUGCUCCGAAGAGAGGUGAGAUUGUCAGACAGAUUGGGGAUGCAUUGAGAACUAAACUUCAGCAGCUUGGUCGCCUUGUCUCACUUGAGAUGGGAAAAAUACUUCCUGAAGGAAUAGGGGAAGUUCAAGAAAUCAUUGAUAUGUGUGAUUUUUCUGUGGGCUUAAGUCGACAACUGAAUGGAUCAGUAAUACCUUCGGAACGUCCAAAUCAUGCAAUGUUGGAGAUGUGGAAUCCUCUUGGAAUUGUGGGUGUGAUUACAGCUUUCAACUUCCCAUGCGCUGUUCUUGGAUGGAAUGCUUGCAUUGCACUAGUUUGUGGCAAUUGUGUUGUCUGGAAAGGUGCACCGACAACUCCUUUGAUCACCAUUGCAAUGACAAAGCUGAUAGCCGGGGUGUUAGAGAAGAAUAACUUACCUCCUGCAAUUUUUACAUCCUUUUGUGGUGGUGCUGAUAUUGGUCAAGCAAUAGCAAAAGAUACACGCAUUUCUCUGGUUUCUUUCACUGGCAGUGUAAAGGUGGGCCUAAUGGUGCAACGGAUAGUUAAUCAGAGAUUUGGUAAAUGCUUGCUUGAGUUAAGUGGAAAUAAUGCUAUAAUAGUCAUGGAUGAUGCUGACAUCCCACUAGCUGUUCGUUCUGUUCUGUUUGCUGCUGUUGGGACAGCUGGUCAGCGCUGCACAACAUGCCGCAGGCUGCUUCUACAUGAGAGCAUAUAUCAGAGAGUACUUGACCAACUGCUUGAUGCAUACAAGCAAGUUAAAAUUGGGGAUCCAAUGGAAAAGGGCACCUUGCUUGGGCCAUUGCACACUUCUGAAUCAAGGAAGCGCUUUGAAAAGGGAAUAGAGAUAAUUAAGUCCCAGGGAGGUAAGAUCUUAACAGGUGGGUCAGUGAUAGAAUCUGAGGGGAAUUUUGUGCAGCCCACGAUAGUUGAGAUUUCUCCAGACACAGACAUUGUUAAAGAAGAGUUAUUUGCUCCUGUUCUUUAUGUUAUGAAAUUCCAGACUUUACAAGAAGCAAUUGAAAUAAACAAUUCAGUCCCUCAAGGAUUAAGUAGUUCUAUCUUCACCCGCAAACCUGAAAUUAUCUUCAAGUGGAUUGGGCCACAAGGAAGUGAUUGUGGCAUUGUGAACGUAAAUAUACCAACAAACGGUGCUGAAAUUGGCGGUGCUUUUGGCGGCGAAAAGGCUACAGGGGGUGGGCGUGAAGCAGGAAGUGAUUCUUGGAAGCAAUAUAUGCGGCGCGCAACUUGCACAAUCAAUUAUGGGAAUGAGUUACCACUGGCACAAGGAAUCAAUUUUGGGUAG